CUCUUCACUGGAACAUACGCAGAUAUACAACGCUUCUUUGGAAUUUGCAACUCUGAGGAAUGAACGAUAUAGUGAAGUGUGAAUGCAGUCAUGACAUCUGAGUGACCUGAGUGAAACUGCAGAGAUGGCUUCAGGGGGAUCAUCUACUGGUGAUAUCACCAAUCUCUCCGACUUGAGGAUUGUGCUGCUGGGGAACAGAGAAGCUGGGAAGAGUUCUGCAGGAAACACCAUCCUGGGCAGAGAGGAGUUUGACCCUGAUGUGAGAACACUGCAGUGUGUGAAGAGACAGGGAGAGGUAGCAGGGAGACAGGUCACUGUGGUGGACACUCCGGGAUGGAAGGGUUAUGGGGAUCAUUUUAACGAAGAUUCUCCUAACCUCCUGAAACAGGAGAUUGUUCUCAGUGUGACUCUGUGUCCUCCAGGACCUCAUGCCUUUCUGUUGGUCAUCCAUGAGAACAUGACCUUCACAGAGGCAGAGAGAAAUGCCACUUCAAACCAUCUGAAUCUUCUGGGCCAUGGAGCCUGGAAAUACUCUCUAGUUCUGUUCAUUCAGGAGACUCCUGCAGAAAAAAAACACUUUGAGGUUAAAGGGAAAAUGCUAAAGUCACUUGUAAAUAAUUGCGGGAACAGAUAUCAUGUCCUCAACAUCAAGAGCAAGCAUGAUAUGCAAAUCUCAGAGCUGCUGGAGAAGAUAGAAAAGAUGGUGUCAGGAAACAAUGAACGUCACUAUGAAAUAAACAGAGAAAUAUUACAGAAGGUUGAAGAGAGGAGGGCAGAAGAAGAGAGGAGAGCAGAGGAGAAAAUAAAGACAGUACAACGAUGGGCAGGAGGUGCACUGCUUCCAGAACUCAGAAUUGUGCUGCUGGGAUUUAAAGAUGCUGGGAAGAGUUCAUCAGGAAACAUCAUCCUGGGCAGAGAGGAGUUUCAGCCUGGACAGAGAUCUGCUGUUAGUGUGAAGAGACAAGGAGAAGUAGCAGGCAGACAGGUCACUGUGGUGGAGGCUCCUGGUUGGUGGAGACAUUAUCAGGUUGAGGAUAGUACUGAAAUGACUAAAAGAGCUAUUCGGCUUAGUCCAGGUUUGUGUGACCAAGGCCCCCAUGUGUUCCUGCUGGUCAUACGAGCAGACAUAUCAUUUACUGAAGACCAGAGAAGAUCAGCCCAGGAACACUUGGACCUUAUUAGUGAGAAAGUCUGGAGUCACACCAUAGUGCUGUUCACCCAUGGAGACUGGCUGGGAGACACAACCAUUGAGCAGUACAUUGAGAGUGAAGGAGAGAGCCUUCGUUGGCUAGUUGGGAAAUGUUGCAACAGAUAUCAUGUUGUUAAAAAUGAAAACAGGACUGAUGUCAGUCAAAUCACAGAUCUCCUAGAAAAGAUUGAGGAAAUGGUUGCAGGUAACAGCAGCUGCCACUAUCAGAUGGACAGCAAGAGACUGGAGGAAAUACAAGAAAGGAUGAGGAAAGAGGAUGAGAGAGCAAAAGAGAGAAUGAUGACUGUGGAGAAGAAAAGACAACACCUUCAGUCACUGAAACGAGAAUCAACUCCUAUAUCACAGUUCAGAGUUGUGUUGCUGGGAUACAGUACAUCUGGGAAGAGUUCAUCAGGAAACACCAUCCUGGGCAGAGAGGAGUUUGACCUGAAGAGAACAGCUCAGUGUGUGAAGAGACAGGGAGAAGUAGCAGGCAAACAGGUCACCGUGGUGGACACUCCAGGAUGGUGGAGGAAUUACAACCUCAAAGACACUCCUGAGCUCACUAAUGAGGAGAUAGUGCUCAGUGUGUCUCUGUGUCAUCCAGGACCACAUGCUGUCCUACUUGUCAUAGAUAUUGAUGAUUCUUUCACAACUGACAAAGGAAUAAAUAUUGAGCAACACCUGGAGCUUCUUGGUAGUGUUGUCUGGAGUCACACCAUGGUGUUGUUUACCAGUGGAGAUUGGCUGGGAGACACGACCAUUGAGAAGUACAUAGAGAGUGAAGAGGCAUUGCGGCCUCUAGUAGAAAAAUGUGGGAACAGAUAUCAUGUCAUCAACAAUAAGAAUAGGACAGGCGAUCAGGUCACAGAGCUGCUGGAGAAGGUAGAAGAGAUGGUAGCAGGAAACAAUAACUGUCACAAUGAGAUGGACAGAAAGAGACUGGAGGAAGUGAAGGAGAAGAGGAGGAAUGAAGAACAGAGAGCAACAGAGAGACUGAUGAAGGUGGAGAAGCAAAGACAACACCUCCAGUCACUGAAGUCAGGGAACUCAUCUCUGCAGUCAGAGUUCAGAGUUGUGCUGCUGGGACACAGAGGAUCUGGGAAGAGUUCAUCAGGAAACACCAUCCUGGGCAGAGAGGAGUUUGACCUGAAGACAAGAACAGCUCAGUGUGUGAAGAGACAGGGAGAAGUAGCAGGCAGACAGGUCACUGUAGUCAAGGCUCCAGGAUGGUGGGAGGAAUUCAGCCUCAAAGUCACUCCUGAGCUCACUAAACAGGAGAUUGUGCUCAGUGUGUCUCUGUGUCCUCCAGGACCACAUGUUGUCCUACUUGUCAUAGAUAUUGAUGAUUCUUUCACAACUGAAAAAAGAACAAGUAUUCAGGAACACCUGGAGUUGCUCGGUGAGAUUGUCUGGAGUCACACCAUGGUGUUGUUUACCAGUGGAGACUGGCUGGAAGACACGACCAUUGAGCAGCACAUUGAGAGUGAAGAGGCAUUGCGGCCUCUAGUAGACAAAUGUGGGAACAGAUAUCAUGUCAUCAACAAUCAGAAUAGGACAGGUGAUCAGGUCACACAGCUGCUGGAGAAGGUAGAAGAGAUGGUAGCUGGAAACAAAAACUGUCACUUUGAGAUGGACAGACAGAGACUGGAGGAAGCGAAGGAGAGGAGGAGGAAUGAAGAACAGAGAGCAACAGAGAGACUGAUGAAGGUGGAGAAGCAAAGACAACACCUCCAGUCACUGAAGUCAGGGAACUCAUCUCUGCAGUCAGAGUUCAGAGUUGUGCUGCUGGGACACAGAGGAUCUGGGAAGAGUUCAUCAGGAAACACCAUCCUGGGCAGAGAGGAGUUUGACCUGAAGACAAGAACAGCUCAGUGUGUGAAGAGACAGGGAGAAGUAGCAGGCAGACAGGUCACUGUAGUCAAGGCUCCAGGAUGGUGGGAGGAAUUCAGCCUCAAAGUCACUCCUGAGCUCACUAAACAGGAGAUUGUGCUCAGUGUGUCUCUGUGUCCUCCAGGACCACAUGUUGUCCUACUUGUCAUAGAUAUUGAUGAUUCUUUCACAACUGAAAAAAGAACAAGUAUUCAGGAACACCUGGAGUUGCUCGGUGAGAUUGUCUGGAGUCACACCAUGGUGUUGUUUACCAGUGGAGACUGGCUGGGAGACACGACCAUUGAGCAGCACAUUGAGAGUGAAGAGGCAUUGCGGCCUCUAGUAGACAAAUGUGGGAACAGAUAUCAUGUCAUCAACAAUCAGAAUAGGACAGGUGAUCAGGUCACACAGCUGCUGGAGAAGGUAGAAGAGAUGGUAGCUGGAAACAAAAACUGUCACUAUGAGAUGGACAGAAAGAGACUGAAGGAAGUAAAGGAGAGGAGGAGGAACGAAGAACAGAGAGCAACAAAGAGACUGAUGAAGGUGAAGAAGCAAAGACAACACCUCCAGUCACUGAAGGCAGGGAACUCAUCCCCACAGUCAGAGUUCAGAGUUCUGCUGCUUGGACACAGAGCAUCUGGGAAGAGUUCAUCAGGAAACACCAUCCUGGGCAGAGAAGAGUUUGACCUGAAGAGAAGAACAGCUCAGUGUGUGAAGAGACAGGGAGAAGUAGCAGGCAGACAGGUCACUAUAGUCGAGGCUCCAGGAUGGUGGAAGAAUUGCAGCCUCAAAGCCACUCCUGAGCUCACUAAACAGCAGAUUGUGUUCAGUGUGUCUCUGUGUCCUCCAGGACCUCACAUUCUGUUACUGCUCGUACAAGUAGUUGAUUCUUACACGCAGGAUGACAUUAGAAACAUCCAAGAACAUCUGGAGUCUCUUAGUGACAGAGUUUGGAGUCACACCAUGGUGCUGUUUACCCGUGGAGACUGGCUAGGAGACACAUCCAUUGAGCAGUACAUAGAGAGUGAAGAACACCUCAGAUCUCUGGUAGAGAAAUGUGGGAACAGAUAUCAUGUUGUCAACAAUAAGAACAAAAGUGACAGAACACAGAUUACAGAGCUGAUGGAGAAGAUGGAGGAAGUUAUUGCUCGAAAUGGAGGCCGUCACUAUGAGAUGGACAGAAAGAGACUGGAGGAAGUAAAGGAGAGAGAAAAACAACAGAUGCAGAGAGCAGAGGACAGACAUGUGCGUGUCUACAGACAGAGAUCUGCUUUUCAACUCUCAGGAGGUGAUGCUCCAUUCUUCUCGAGCUUGAGGGUUGUGCUUUUGGGGCACAAAUAUGGUGGGAAGAGUUCAUCAGGAAACACCAUCCUGGGCAGAGAGGAGUAUGACCUGAAGGGAGGAACAGCUCAGUGUGUGAAGAGACAGGGAGAAGUAGCAGGCAGACAGGUCACUGUGGUGGACACGCCAGGGUGGUGGAGAAAUGAGACCCUCAGAGACACUCCCCAGAAAACCAAACAGGCCAUUGUCCAGAGUGUGUCUCUGUGUCCUCCAGGACCACAUUUAGUCCUUCUAGUCAUGCGCAUAGAUUUUGCUUUUACAGAGGACAACAGAAAAAGUAUCAGGGAUCAUUUGGAGCUUCUUGGUAAACAUGUUUGGAGUCACACAAUUGUCCUUUUCACCUGUGGAGACUGGCUGGGAGACACAACUAUAGAGCAGCACAUUGAGAGUGAAGGAGAAACCCUGCGGUGGAUCAUUGGGAAAUGUGGGAACAGAUAUCAUGUUCUCAACAACGAGGACAGGACUGAUGAUUCACAAAUAACAGAGCUGCUGGAGAAGAUAGAACAGAUGAUGGUAAGAAAUGGAGGUGCUCACUACGAAAGACCACAAGAAGAGGAGAGAAAGGGGAAAGAGGACAAGAAGAGGACAAGAUGGGCGACUGUCUUCAGAGGUUUGGUGAAAAGGAAUAGAGCAGAGCAGAGAGAUGAACAGAGCAGAGACAUAGAUGAUGCUGCAGCACGAUUGGAUGAGUUGAGUCUACAGGGAAGCAUGGAAACUCCCCCAAUGAUGGCUGGUGAUGACAGAUCGGGGGUGUUCACAGAGGGGAGCUCAGGCUAUGGCACAUACUCAUCAGCAGCACCUUCUGUAGCCCCCUCUGUGUGUGGUGUCCAGGGGAGGACUGGAGGGAGAGGUGACAAUCUCAGCCGACCACACACACAUCUCAGACAGCAUCUGAAGCCCCCUCAGAACGAGACUCUGUGAUGUCAGCAGCUACCAGCUCUGGGAUUGGUUCGCUAACGUCUGGAAGACAGGAAGGAUGGAGGGAACAUAAGAGACCAGCGGUGGAGGAGAAGGUCAGCAGCUCAGAACAGGAGGAGAGUCCAGAAGAGGAAGGAGGAGGGAACUGGCAUCUGAACGCUUCUGAAAAGAUCACAGAUUAGUUCAUUUAAUUCUUUACUCUCUUUCUUUCUACAUGUAGCUCUCUCUCUCUCUCUCUCUGUACCAAAGUUUCCAUCCCUAUAUUUUACGAUUGAAUGUUCUUAUUGAAAAGACAAAAGUUGUCUUUCACUUCCACUUGUCACUGUUGAUUUACUGUUAGUUUCAACUAUCGCUUGGAUUAGAGGAUGUAGUACUGCAUAGCACUGAACAAUGUAUAGUAGGGCUAAGCAUUUAAUCGCAAUCACGAAUAUGUGUUUAAGACGAUGUUAAAAAUGUGAAAUCGUAAAGUCAAUUUUUCACCUAUGUUUGCAAGUGUUGAAAAUAAUUUUGUAUUUUUUCUUAAUAUGAAUCAUUUAAAACUAAUUAUUAAGAAUUAAUAUUAUUUAAUAAGAGCAAGAUUUGCACUUAAAUGCCAAUGGGGAAAUUAUUUGCAAAAUAUUUUGUUCAAAUCAAAUGUGAUUUUUGGGCAAAAUCAAACAGCCCUACUGUACAGUAUAUGUAUGCAUAGAUAGUCAGAUAAAAAAAAAAGACUGAGACUGUUCUAUAAUCUAGGUCUAUAAUCUAUAGUUAUAUCAUUUACUGUAUAAUCAUAACCAUCUAUGUUUUUUUCAGUAAAUGCUGGAUGGGCUAUUCAAUGAUUUUAUAUUUAUGACUUUUUAUUGUUAAUCACUGUAUUCUAACAACAAAAAUAAUAAAACUGGGGGCAUGUGGGCCUUUCAAAAGAC